GUCAUACUCUGUUAAUUAAAACUUGAACCUUUCUAAACCAAAGAAACCUUCUUCGUUCAAUUAUGUCGACAUUCUUAAAUACCUUCAUUUCUCCCUAUUCGAUUCCUCUCUCUCUCAUCUUCUUCUUCCUCCCCUGUAAAUAAAACUUCUAGAGAGAGAAACAAAGCUAUAUUCCUCCAACUAUCUUUAUCUUUGUCUUUGUCUUUCUAUCUUUCUAUCCAACAAACUAUACUUGAAUCACGCUAAUUUUUCCCAUAAUUCGAUAAUCGUGAUUCGUGUAAAAUUAAAUUAAACCCUUUAUAAAUCCCUUCACUUUUCUCACUCUUUUUCCCUAUGUCAUCCUUCAUACAGGAUUUCUUGUUUCCAUUACUUUGCCUCAAACCUAUCAGGGAGAAGUUUAAUGUGUUGUCAGGUACUCUUUUGAGGGAAUUCCAAGAAUCAAUGUCAAAUUCCAAUUGUAAAUUGGCUGAUUCCAAUUUAUGUAGAGAUGAUGCAGCUGCUUUGACUCUUAAACUUAUUGCAAUUGGUUCAAUUCUUGUGGCUGGUGCAACUGGAAUUGCAAUUCCAUUGCUGGGUCGUAGGAAGAGUUUUCUUGCUACUGAUGGGAAUCUUUUUAUAGCAGCAAAAGCAUUUGCUGCUGGUGUUAUUCUUGCAACAGGGUUUGUGCAUAUGUUGCCAGAUGCAGGCAAAAACUUGACAAACUCUUGCCUACCGAGUCAUCCUUGGUUGGAGUUUCCAUUCUCGGGUUUUAUUGCUAUGAUGGCUGCUUUGGUGACGUUGUUGGUGGAUUUUGUGGGGACACAAGUUUAUGAGAGGAAGGCUGAGAGAAUGAAGAGGAAAAGGGAUGGUUUGGUUGAUGAAUUUGGGCUUGAUGGAUCGCUUGAUUCUGUUUCCGCUGCCGGAGUUUUGCCGGCGGAUAGGACUGUGGUUAGUGUUGGAGGGGAGAGUAUUUUGGGUAUUCGUGUACAUGAGCAUGGUCAUGGUGUGGAUGAUGUUGAUGGGCAUAUUGUUGAUGUGUAUGAAGAUGAUGGACAUGGACAUGGACACUCUCAUAGCUUUGGUGGUGGUCAAAGUAGUGUAAGACAUGCUGUUGUUUCUCAGGUUUUGGAGCUUGGCAUAGUUUCACAUUCUGUCCUUAUUGGGUUAUCUUUAGGAGUAUCACAUAGCCCUUGUACGAUCAGACCAUUGGUUGCCGCGCUAUCCUUCCACCAAUUCUUCGAGGGUUUUGCCCUUGGAGGAUGCAUAGCUCAAGCCCAAUUUAAGGAAAAAUCGACAAUCAUCAUGGCCUGUUUCUUCGCCUUAACAACCCCUGGGGGCAUCGCUGCAGGUAUCGGCCUUGCCUCCUUUUACAACCCCGCUAGCCCACGUGCUCUGAUAGUCGAGGGGAUUCUAGACUCUAUAUCUGCCGGGAUCCUUGUUUAUAUGUCCUUGGUGGACCUAAUAGCAGCCGAUUUUAUGAGCAAGAAAAUGAGAUCCAACAUGAGGCUCCAAAUCGUGUCUUACUUUGCUCUUUUUAUGGGGGCCGCUUUAAUGUCAUCGCUUGCUGUUUGGUCAUGAUGAAACCGUAAAAAAAUGAUCGAAUUGUGCACAGUUUAGUUAUUGUGUAUUGUGUUGAUAUCGCCCGUAAAUUUAGAACGGGGAUUUUUUCGGAAUCUAAUUCUCAACAUUUUGUGCUUCAAGGUAGGACGAUAAAAAAUCUGGAUAUCCUGCUUGGAGGGAAGCAGGGCUUACAGAAGGGAGGAAAUGUGUGAUUUUUGUUGCGUGUAAUUUGUAUAGAUCUUCGUGGUUGUAUAUACUGUUUAGUAACCCAUGUUAUUAUUCUGUAUCGUGACAAUAAGCUUGAAGAUGAAGCGGUUUUGAUACUUGCGCUAACAAAAGAAAAGAUCGUAAAAAAAAGAAGAGAAAAAUUUAUAGUAUACGAUACCAUUUGUAUCUAUGUACAUAUGUAUCUUGAGCAUUGUCCCUCAAUCCAUGCAUUGUUAAUUUUCUAGUAAUGAAAACCUUUCAUAUUGACUUGAGUUUUUA